UUCUCUGCUAUCUUGUGACCGAUGACCUUUGACCCCUUUAGUCUCACGUUUGCUGCUGGGGAAUGUAGUUUUGAGUUUGAGUGGCUCUGGUCUGUGGCGGUUCCACACUGAGCUGCUGUCAUGCUGUGGCUUGCUGCUGCUCUGGGAUCAGUGGUGUUGUGUGUGUUGAGCUGCUUCACAUCACCACAGAUGAUUCCAGAUCAGUGUUCAGGCCUGAUGAGCGUUAAGAAGAUUAUGAUUGACUCUUUAUCUCUGAACGGACUGCAUACAAACACGGCAGCUACGAUGAGUGAAUCAGGCCUGGAUAAUUAUACUGGAAUACUGGGAGACAGUGACGACAGCGAUGACGAUUCAAACUCAAAGAACCUGCUGGCAGCUUCCUGGGAGAGUUUAUCCAUUGUGGACCGACUGGGAUUAAAGAGCUGCGUGGAGAUGACGGAGGAGGAAGUGGAGAGCACGUUUACCCAGAUUGCAGUGGGGUUUCACUGCGACCAGUACACGCUGACCCAGCGGCUGCAGGCCGAGCGACACGACCGCAGCGUCGCAGAAGAGAACCUGCAGAGAGAGCUGAGACAGAGCAGAGAGAUGCUGCAGGUGUUGUAUGAGCGCCUACAUGAGGUGGACAGCAAAAAGAUGGUGCAGCAGAUGGAGAACAACCUGCAGAUGCUUGAAAGCAACACGGACAAUGUCCUCAAAACAGCAGAGAUGCUCGGAGCUACACACCAGGAAACGCGUGUCAGUCAUGCAGUAGAGCUGAUGUCAGUACACGUGGAGCAUCUCAAGAGACGUCACGCUAUACAGAGCGAGGAGAUGCUGGAGGUCAGAAAGCUGCUGCACAGGAGGAAGGGCCGAUUGCACAGUGACUCCACAGAUGAUCGAGACCUGUUCAGAUAUUCAUCACAACAGCCGACUCGUCGCAGGGUCAGCAUCACCUUCCUCCCGACUCAAUCUGAGUUGAAGCAUCUAGAGGCUUUGUUUCUGGAGAACUGCAAAGCUAGUUUGGAUGCAAAGAAGCCGCAAGCAGACAGGAGACAGGAAGUAGUUCCCGCAGAUUCUCCCGCGAGCAGUCUAAACCAAGACGAUGACGUGGACAGCAGCGUGUUUCAAAGUGCAACGCAAAUCACGUCGCUGCGCCAUCGCCGUCGUUAUUCUCCUACAGGAAGUUCAUUUGAGGGGGAGGAGUCAGAACGAGGGGAGGAGCCCAACCCUGAGCUAUGUCUCGCUCCACCACAGCGCCCCCUGUUGUCCUGGAGGUCUACGUGCGGAUGGAUCGUCAGAAUGAUUUUGCUUGCAUUCGGUCUGAUGAUGCUGAUGGCGGCUCUUUUAUAUGUAGUCAUGAGUGUUUGUAUAAAUAACUGAUGGUUUAGUGUGGUUAUUUGAUCUUAAACGACUAGUUUAGUUAAAAAUAAACAUUCAAAUCAACAUGAAUGGCCGUUUCGGUUUUGAGUGGGUUGAGUGUAAUUGACUGCGUGUUUCCACCAGGUGGCAGUGGUGAGUUACUUACUCAUUCACUCAUUGCUGAGCACCGCAGAUGAACUGGAUUAUAGUGUAACCUUUGUGAAUGUGGCUGCGCACGUCUGUCCUGAACACGAUACAAACAGAUCAGCAUUAAAUAUUCUGAUUUAAUGCAGCUGAAUAUGCUUGUUUCUCCUGAAACCGGUGCGAAGCCAUGGCAAACUGAUUAAUGAUGCUAAUUAACAGUAAUUAAAUUCAGAGAGACAAUGAGAAGCUUCAA